UAGCAACCAGCCAAACAACUAGAAAGUGCUUCAAUUGCAACAAAACAUUUAAACUAUCGUCAAACACGUUACUCUGUUGUUGUUCGUCCAUCAGUGAAGUUGCUUUGCUGCCGUUCGCCAUGAUUUCCAACCAUUUGAAAACCUAUCUGCUAGAACCCAACACCAAUCUCAAACCCCUAUUCUACGAAAUUGUUAAGCAAUGCGAACGAAAGAAUAUUCGAUACGAUAAGCAUUUGGUCACAUUCGUCAUGAACCUGGUCAGUCUGGAUCCACAGUUUGAGAUCUACAUGGAAACGUUGAGCGCCGAUCGACUGAAUCACGACGACUUUGUGGAGGAAUGUGUGAGACGAUUAUCAGAGGAUCGUUCGCCGGCAUUGAUAACACUCAAAAUGCAACUUUACUUUCUGGAGAAUUUCUUCAACCGCGAUGACGUCGUGGAGAAACAUAUGAGAAAUUUGCAGCUGAAAACGGCUCAUUUACUGAAAGAAAUCACCGAGAACGACGUCAUCACCAAGGACGAACAGGAGGAAAUAUUCAACAAAAUUAUAAUCGACAUCGUCUUGCACAUGGGGUUGGGUAACCCCGACAACAAGGACGUUAUCAACGAAACAAUGAAGGCAUUGAACUCUGUCAUGUCCCGCAGUGAUAAAGCCAAGUUCGUUACCCUGGACAGAAAGGACCGGCUGUUAGCGCUUAAGGAUAUACGGGAGAUCGUUUGUGGGAUUCGAAUAUUUAACAAGCAUGCGGGAAACUCCACUAAUGGGAUGUCGGAUCUUCCAAGAGUUUUGGACCAGUCUCACGAAUCAACCAAAUCCAUCCUUCAAAUCACCCUCUGCGAAAUAAUGGACAAAGUUAACCUUCUCACAAGUGCUUUGAAUUCCUCGAUUGCGUAUGACUUGAGAAAUCGUACGAUCGUCACUCUGCUACCGGAGAACAUCUCAGGGGACGACUUGGAUAACCUCAAAGAUUUGUUGGUGAUGUAUCGUCAGCAUGAAGUGUACACCCGUAAGCUGAUCGACGAGUUAGCUCUGAUUAAGUUCAACAUCGACACUUGCAAUCAGGAGUACAACAGCAAGCUGGUGAAAAUUCACGAAUCAGUUCAAUAUCGAACGGCCAUUCCUACGGAUCGAGUAUUUCCAAAAUUUUCUGAACUGACCCGUAUCUGGCUCCAGUUCCAAAACUACAUCUAUCUGUUGUCGGAAAUCAACCAAAUAAGCAAUACGCUCACUAAUUUGACCGAGCGAUGUCUCAGUUUCGACGAUUUGGCUUAUCGGUUGCUGGGUGAAUGCCAGAUCCAUACCGAUGUUGACCGACUGAACAAAACCACCGGCAAGCGGUUGCUUAUGAGUGUUGAAAAUGAAUGUGAAGUUGUUCCGUAUUCACAGGGAAUGAAGGUCGAACUAUUGAAGUUUUGCGUAUGGCAUUUGGCUGAGGCUAAUGGUGUAUUGAUGCCAGGCAAUACCGACAUGGGAGUAUGCCAGCAUCAGAAAGACUUCUAUGCGUUCAAUAUUCCUGAGGCAGCGGUCUUUUUCGACGAGGAUCCAGAUAAGUACGUUUUCAAAGUUGUGACUAUUGCUCGGAAAAAGAUUCAACUAAUUGCCUUCCUGGACUUAUUCUACAAAGUUCAAACAGCCUACAAUUCGCACAGUAGAGAAGUCUUUCGUAUCAAGGCACCUAUUACUUGCGAACAGGAAAUUCAAACUGAGCUCCACCCAGUGCCGUCCAACAUCGAUAGACAGUACCGCUGGAACAUUUGGGAUCUACGUCGUGAAGCAAUUGACCUAACGAACAUGCGUAUGAAACGGACCAGUUCUUGUCAGACUGUCAAAGCUAAACAAACGCAAGUAUACUUGCCAAAGAAUCAGGGAACGCAAACAAAAGUUAAUCGGUCUACCGAGACAGAACAACGGCGACAACGUAUUAAGAACCCCGAAACAGCCCCGUCACCUCUUCAGGUUUACAAUAUGACAGUCGAAGAUUUUAGCUCGGCAACUUAUAAUCGCAUUAAAUAAGCUUAGCGACCAAAUUAUGUGUAUGUGUUGAAGUAGAAUAUCAAAUAAACUAGUGCUCCACGGAAAA